AUGAGACCUCAAUCUCCUAAAAUGUUCUAAACUUAAACUAUUGCUACAACUCGCAUUGUUAGUUCACCUCCUAGAGAUACACGCUAAGAUUCAUGUAGUAGACUGGCCAAAGUUACAACCUGUCAAACUAGACCAAAAGCUACUAUUACUACUUUAACAAAUAAACCAGCUAUUGAAACAAGAACAGUUGUUCUUUGUAAUGAUAAGAAAUGUUAAGGACAUGUAAAAUUAAUUAAAAUAAAAUAAGGAAAAUCUGAUAGAACAAUUAACAUAAGAUAAUAAUAGAUUAAAUUAACGUAUUCAUGAUUUAGGACUUUAAAUAGAUAAGUAUGAUAAUGAAUAAUAAACAUGGUUGAGUACAGCUAUUGAAAUUGAGAGUAUGAGAAAAUUACUUGAAGAAACCUAAAAGAAUCAUUAAUAAGAAAUCUUAUACCUUAAUUCUGAAAUUAAUAAUUUCAAAACUACAUGUUAAUAUUAAGAGGAUAAAAUUAAAUCCCUUCAUUCUUAAAUCAAAUAAAAGCAAUAAGUAGAAGAAGAUUAUCAAACACUAACAUAAGAAAUGGAUAGAUAUAAAUUUAUAAUACAAGAUAAAAAUGAUUAAUUAUAAUAACAGGAAUACAGAAUUCAAGAUUACGAAAAGUAGCUUUAAGUAGGUGAAAAUGUAAUUGAAGAAAGAAAUUAACAGAUAUCAAUAUUAUUAGAAAAAAUAAACUCUUAUGAAUAACAAUUUAUUACUUAAAAUAAUAUGAUACACUUAUUGAAAUAAGAAAUAUAAGAAAAAGAUAUUAAAAAUCAGCUAUUAUUAUAAGAGAAAGAUUCAUAAAUUUGUAAUUAAAGUGAUAAUCUUGAUAUUUUGGAACAAAGAAUGAUGUAGGAUCAAUAAUUAAAUGAUUAAAAAAUAGAUGAAUUACAAAAUGAUAAAGAUAAUUUAAAUAAAAUAAUUGUAGAUUUACAAUUAUAAUUAACAAACAUAUAGGAGUAAAAUAAUCAUUUAAAUGAAUAAGUAAUGUUAAAUGAUUAGGUAAAUGUUAAUCUAUUAUCUUCGGUUGAAAAUUAAACAAAAAAUUUAGAAUUGUAAUUACAAAGUUAAGUAGAUUUACAUUAAUAAAGAAAUUAAGAUAUAUUGAAUUUAUAAACAGAAUUAUAUAAUACUAAAUUAGAAGUUGGGGAGAGAUAAAAUUUAAUAAAUUCUUUAAAUGAAUAAAUCAUUAAUCUCACUACUUAAAUGAAUGAAAAAAAUGAUAAAAUUGAAUUACUUCAAUUUGAAAUUUUAUAACAAAUUGCAUAAACAGCUUUAUAAAAUAAUAUAUAGUUAUAAAAGUAUUUGAUAAUUAAUGAAGAAUUAAAAAUAGAAUUAAAUUUAAGAUAAGCUAAUGAAAAGUCAGCUCUAAAUGAUUUAAAGAAAGAGAUAGAAAACAAAAAUCAAUUAUUAGAAUUUGUUAACUAAUUAACUACUUAAAUUCAAGAAUUAGAAAAAUCAUAAAACCUUUUAGAGAAUGAAGUGUAAAUGAAAUAGUAAUAAAUUGAAAAUUAACAACUGUAAAAUGAAAAUGAGACUGAAAAGUUUUCUGAUUUAGUGAAUUCUUUACAAAAAUAGGUAUAAGAAGUUUUAGAAGAAAAAGCAAUUUUAUAAACUUAAGUAAUCUAAAUAGAGAAGGAUACUUAGAGUAAAAUCAAUUAAUUAGAGGAGAGUUUAUCUUUAUUUAAAUAAACAGAAGAUAAGAUUAUGUAAGAAAAACAAGAUUUUUAAGAAUAAUUAUUAAUGCAAUGUUUAGAAGUGUAGAGACUUUAAAAUGAAAAUAAAAUAUAAAAAGAAAAAUUGAAAUAAUAAUCUGAUGAAAUAGAAUAAUUAAAUCAAAAAUCUACAUUAGAUGAUGAAUAUAAAUUAUUAUUAUCAAAAGAGUAGGACUAACAAAUUUAAUAGUAGUAAAUUAAAAUGCUUGAGAUAAGUAAUUAAUGUGUAAAACUUAAAUCUGACUUAAAAUUAUAAGAAGAGUUAAACGAAGAACUACAAAAGAAAAUAUCAUUUUAUUAAGCUUAGAUAUCUCAUUUACAAGAAGCAGAAUCAUAAUUAAGAUAUUUAAAUGAAUAAAAUACAUAAUAAUAGAAAAAUUUAUAAAAAGAAUUAGAAAUUAAAAAUGAAACAGAAAAUACACUUAAAUUUAAAUUAGAUACUUUAUUAGAAGAUAUUAAAAUUAAAUAAAUUUAAUUAGUAGAAUUAGAUAGAUAAUUAUAAAUGGUAGAUUAAUCUAAUAUGAAAUAAUAAUUAAAUCUUGAAGAAAAAAUUAUUUAUCUUUAAAAUGAAGUUGAAAUGUGGAAAGAAAAGUUCGUUAUUUUGAAUAGAGAUUAUCACAGAGUAUAAGAGGAUUUAAUGAUGGUUUAAGCAGAAUUUGAUGCAUUCAAUAAGAGAGGAUUAGAAAUAAAGAAUAUUAAAGUAAUAUAAAUAUAUAUUAUAUAUAGGAAUCAACUUGUUUCGAAAUAAGAAAAUCAUCACUAUAUAAAGAAAAUAUUGAUAUUAAAGGCAGUCAAACAUCUAUAGGCAGACUGUUUAAAGAAAACAUUUGA